AUCAGUGAAUAGGCGAAUGUGGAAACAAUGCCAGUAGUUUGUCGUGUGGUCAGCUUUUUUAAUAAUGUAACCAAAAGGUUGCAGUGGAAUAUACAGUUGCGUCGUUACUCCUCAGUAAACUAACAGCUAAAGUAGAGCUGUUUGUUUUAGAGAGCUGGCGAAACUAAACUAGGCUAGCUGAAUGCUAGCAGGCUAACUGAUGGAGAUGGAAGAAGAUCCUUUAAAUCCACAAGAAGUCGAACGGGCCAAAGCCUAUUGGGCCGAGGAGGAUGUGGAUCAGGUCUUUAAUGGGGUCUUUGAGUAUCUGGAUCACCUGAAGAGAGUUCUGAAGAAGAACACGGCAACAGAUAAAGAGUAUGUUCAGGCUCUGAAGCUGCUGAAGUCCAUCGACGGUCUCCCAACCUUGUCUCAGGACGCCUCUGUGGUCCAGGUGGUCAUUGGCUCAGGUGUUCUGCUGCCAGCUGACUCGGCAUCUCCCUCUGCAGCGCCCACUGCAGGCCCGGAGGAGCUGCAGCCUCCACUGACCCCCAACCAGCUGCAGUACCACCCCCACCUCUGCUGCAAGUCCUGCCUGUCCAGUUUACCCAGCAGGCCUCAGUGCUCUGCGCCAUUCUGGGGUCAGAACCCGCUGAAGGUGCCGCUGCUCUGCGGCUUCAAGAGGCUGAGCGCCGUGCCGCUGAUGAUGUCAUUGAGAAGGCGUGACGAGGGGGCGGAUCCUGCCAUUUCUGAGGAUGCGGUGGAUGGCGUGGAGGACUGGGACGUCGUUUACAAAGCGCCGUGUGGACAGAGCCUUCGUGACCACGACGACGUGCUGCGUUUUCUGUUGGCCACGGAGAGCUACGACAUCCUGCAGGUGGACUUCUUCACUUUCAACCCGUCCGUCCGAUUGGACCCCCCCCAGCCGGCGGGCCCCCGGCGGCCGGAGCUGGAUCUGAGCCGCGGCAUGGAGCCGGCGCCGGUGCAGCUGUGCGUGAAGGACGGCGGGACCAAGCCUGCUGAGUUCCGCUACAGGAAGGAGCGCUGGCCGCACGGCUGCUUCCUCACCCGCAGCCCGAAGCUGUUCCAGGUCUGCUGCGACUGUACCGACGGCUGCAGCGACGCCAGCCAGUGCGCAUGUGUCGCCAUGACCACCGGAGGGCGCCAAUACAGCCACCACAGGCUAACCGAGCCGGUACCAUCAGGUGUGUACGAGUGCGGCCCGUGGUGCGGCUGCGUCCGGACUCGCUGUCUAAACCGUCUGGUCCAGCGGGGGAUCACAGUCCGCCUGCAGGUGUUUCAGACGGAGCGCUGUGGCUGGGGCGUCCGAUGCCGCGACGAUCUGGAUUGCGGCACGUUCGUGUGCAUAUACGCAGGGGUGAUGCUGCGGCGGGUCCACAGUCCCACGGAGCUCCCGCCUCCGAAGCUGACGAGGAUCGACCUCCCGUCAGACGAUGACGUCGAGGUGGUCAGCGAGUGGCUGGCCCCGCCGGUGCUGGAGGGGCGGAGCAAUGUGCUGGACCCGCCCACCUCUUCCCCCCUCCACGUUCCUGUGAUCCAGAGACCCGCCGACAACAGCGCCACAGCUGCCGCAGGGCAGAACAGAGACAAGGCGAAGACGGUGCUGGUUGGAGGUCCGCAGCCUUUAUCAGGUGAGUCAGGUGACCAGAAGAAGGUUUCCGUGACAACAGGCAAUCCCGAGGCGGCGGUUCACAGCCGGAACGGUGACGUGACAAAGAGUUUAAAGAGAUCGAUGGAGGAGGGGGAGGACGCUUACUUCCUGGAUGCCGGCAAGGAGGGAAACGUGAGCCGCUUCAUAAACCACAGCUGCCAGCCGAAUCUUUUUGUGCAGAACGUCUUCACCGACUGCCACGACCCCGCCUUCCCCGUCAUCGCCUUCUUCACCAACAGGGUGGUGGUUGCCGGCACCGAGCUCAGCUGGAAUUACUCCGCUGCCCCGCAGAGCAAACAGGAUGCGGCGUGUCUCUGCGGUAGCAGCGGUUGCCGGGGACAGCCUGCUGCCGGAGACGAGCAACUGUGUGACAUGUGUGAGGUCAAAGGUCAAGAAGAAACACAGUAACUCCUCCAGCUGCUUCACAGAAACAAAAAGACAUUUUUUCUACUAAUGGAUUAUAACGUCUGUACACCUUUCUAAAUAAAAUGACUUAAUAA